AUGGCGCGAUGGCGGUUGCGUAUUCGUAUGGAUGGGACAUCCAAGCAGUUGGCUGAGGUAGAUCCCGAGGCAUCGGUGGAACAGCUCUUUCGGCGGAUCGCAGAGGUAGUGGGGCAUCCGGCCCCACAUCAACUCACCGUGCUGGCUGGUGUUCCACCUCGUCCACUGACCACCUCAGCCAUGCCGUUGAAGGCGACGCAUGUCGUCAACUGCGAUACCCUCAUUAUCCGUCGAGCCACACCCCAUGCUCCCUCGGCGCACCCCAGCCACAGCCUCAGCAGCUCGCGCGGCCCAGCCGCCGGUGCGACGAGGGCUGCUCAGGCCGCAACGCACGCGUCCAAUAACUUGCACACAGGCUUGACACUAGACACGGCCUGCGCUGUGCUGGAGCAAGGUGACGGUGAUCCUGCCUCCAAUCCCGAGGAUCGCCUUGCUCGCUUGCUGGCAAUGGCCGCCGAGACCAACGACACACAUGACGUACAGGGUGCCCUGCGUGACUUGCGCCGCGCCAUGGCCAACGAAUUGCAACGUCGACAAGAGGAACGUCUCGCACAACAGCGCCUAGAAGCCGCCGUGGGUAAUACGUUUGAGAUGCGUGCAGCCACCGCUCAGACACUCGGGGCAGCACGGCCGCAAAUGGAGGUGUCUUUCAAAACCAGUGCCCGCUUGCGGCAUCGCGAGCAUUUCACGCCUUUACCACCCACCCUGUUGCGUAUGCUCGUGCGGCAGCUACUUGCUGACCCGGAUGCGAGGGAGAACCUGCGCUCUUUCAACAUGGCCCUCAUGUCUCCUCGCGUGUUCUGGAACCUGGUACGAUGGUCCGGCGGUGGCGACCCGGAUGACAGCCUCCGGCAGCUUUUGCCCGACGCUGACUGGUCCUACUUGGAUGCCCGACAACGUUCGUUGUCCGAUAAGGCACUGGAGAAUGCUCGUCAAGAGGAAGCCUUGCUGGCAGCUCGGCGCGAAGCUGCGGCAUUGCGCGAGCAACAGCGGGCAGCCCGAGAAGCGCGCCGGCGCGCCCGCACCAACGCAAACCAAGCCGAGUCUCAGACUGGGCCAGCUGCCAAGCGAGAAAAGGCAGCCGCUGCUGACUGA